AUGAACCCUGCAAUUUUAAAUAUCUUCUGAUGCGGAAUUUUUUCCAGGUGUGGAAUGAUCCUCCACAUGUGGAUUGCUCUAAGCAAUUACAGCAAAAGUUUUAAAAUGAAUAAAAAAAAGGUCAUUUAUUCAGCGAAAUAUUAUUUGAUCAGAAUUUUUGAUAGAUAUAAUUGCCCUAAAAAUUUAGUCGAAAUUUUUGACUUUAGCAAUUGCUCUGAAAAAUAG